AUGAUUCACCGACCUCCGGGUUAUCCUGGUACCGUUUGGGUUGCAACUCCCGUUCGAGAUCAGCGAACACCUGCACAAAGAGCUCGUGAAGCAGCAAUAAUGAACCAAUGUAACGAGAUGCUUCGUAACGCUAACUCUUUGGAUCAGAAUGGUAGACAGCUGGUGAUUGCAUUCAUGACCGGAAACAAGUGUAAUCCUCGUCCCGAACUUGGCCAUAUAAUAACGAUGAAACUUUCCGAGACAAUUGAGGAUGGCUUAGCGGACAACCAGAUGUGUAAGAUGAAAGUGGAAACAUUCUUCCAGAUGGAUUAUCAAAGUGGAGAAUGGAAGCGGCUUCGUAAAUGCCGGUUACUCCAGCCACAUGAGUUAACAAAUGCCAAUGAACAGUACAUGUAUGUUCCUACAGAGGAUUAUCAUACACAAGCACAACAGCAACCCACGUGA